AUGGUGGCAGGAGCAAGAUUGGGAGUAGUUGAGUGCUGCAAAAAGCAUCAAGAAAUACCCCUGGCAAAUGACUUAAGUUGGCUCAGGAUCAGGACAGUCAAAGCAGCAGACUCUGUGCAGAUGGAUUUCAUUGCUGGAGCCAUUGGAGGUGGCUUAAGUGUUGCUGUGGGUUAUCCACUGGAUACAGUAAAGGUGAGAAUUCAGACGGAGAGGAGCUAUAAUGGAAUUUGGCACUGCAUUCGAGAAACAUACAAAGCAGAGAAAGCAUGGGGAUUUUACAAAGGCAUGUCACUGUCAGUCUCCACAGUGUCGCUUGUUUCUUCUUUUUCAUUUGGGGCAUACAGAAACUUCCUUUAUAACAUCUGCAGAUUAAGAUAUGGCACUUCAGACGUGAAGCCAUCAAAGGUGGAUAUUUCUGUUGCUGGAUGUGCUACUGGUGCUGUUCGGGUGGUGCUAAUAUCGCCUACCGAAACAGCUAAAGUUCGAAUGCAAACUCAGAAGCAAUCACAUUACUCAGUUACAGCUUCUCACCUCUCCAAGCCAAAGUAUCAAGGACCUGUGCAUUGUCUGAGGAUGAUAGCAAAGGAGGAAGGUUUUGGGGGUCUAUACAAAGGUUGUUCUGCAUUACUGUGCAGGGACUGCCACUCAUUUGCAACAUAUUUCCUAACCUAUAAUAUACUGUGUGAUUGGUUUACUCCAGCUGGAAAAAAUAAACCAGACAUACUGACUGUGCUUAUUUCUGGUGGCUCUGCUGGAGUGUUUGGGUGGGCCGUAGCUACUCCUAUGGAUGUAAUUAAAUCACGGAUGCAAGUAGAUAACUUGGGACAGCGCAAGUACAGAGGACUCAUACACUGCAUCCGAGUAAGUGUGAAAGAAGAAGGAAUAAGAGUUCUUUUCAAAGGACUUGGAUUAAACUGCAUUCGUGCUUUUCCAGUGAACAUGGUGGUGUUUGUAACAUACGAAGGUGUAAUGAGACUUGCAGAACAUCUUAUGAAGUAA